GAUUCUGAAGGUCAGGGCUGUCCGUUCUGUAGAGCAGAAAUCAAAGGCACCGAACAGGUAGUGGUCGACCCCUUUGACCCGAUGGGUCGGCACACCAUACGCGCCAUCGAUGAGGUCAACAAUACCAGCAAUUUAUUAGAUUUAGACGAAGACGACAAUUGCUUUGAGGACGGCAUGAAAUGAUUGAUUGAUUGGUUUUUAUUAAUUUAUAAUUAAUAUUAUUAUUAAUAAUUUUUCUUAUCGACGG